CUUUUCUUGUUACCCUCUUUUCUUUCCUCUGUCACUCACAUGGAACCCCUACUUGAAGAAGAGGAACAGCGAUUAGACCGAGUUGACUCACUCCACGAGCCGGACCUGACUUCAAUCAGCUCAAGCCUGUCCUCUGUAUUCAGUGCGGUUGAUUCUAGGAGCGCGACGAGUUCCGGCGAUAUAUCCGGAACGAGCGGGAGUUCCGGUGAGAUCUUAACGGCGGAUGCUGUGGUUCCGAGGCUGCUCGAGCCUGCGCCUGCAUGCGAGGAGUUAAAGGCGACGGUAACGGCGAGGCAGAAAUGUGUUGGGAGGAAUAACAAGGGAGUGACGUGGGGGUUCACUUCGGUGAUCGGGAGACAGCGAGAGAUGGAAGAUGCCGUCGCCGUUGUACCGGCGUUCAUGUCUCUUACAUGUGAUCACGUGGGAGGUUGUACGGCUCCUGGUUCUAGAACCUCCCUUGAAAUCUCACCUAUCCAUUUCUUCGGCGUUUAUGAUGGCCAUGGUGGUUCUCAGGUGGCUAAAUUUUGUGGUGAGAGGAUGCACGGAGUUAUAGCAGAAGAAUGGGACCGUGAAGUGGAUGAGAGCUGUGGGUGGCAAAGGAGAUGGGAAGUGGCAUUAUCCACUAGUUUCGAGAGGGCUGACAGUGAAGUCGUGACUGUAGCAGUUGCACCAGAAAUGGUGGGAUCAACUGCUGCGAUUGUAGUCUUAUCUGGUUGCCAGAUUAUAACAUCCAAUUGUGGUGAUUCGAGGGUGGUGCUUUGCCGUGGAACCGAAACGAUUGCAUUAACUGUUGAUCAGAAGCCUGAUCGACAGGACGAGCUCAUGAGAAUUGAAAGUGAGGGAGGAAGGGUCAUAAACUGGAAUGGUGCAAGGGUCUUUGGAGUUCUUGCAAUGUCCAGAGCAAUAGGUGAUCGCUAUUUAAGGCCAUGGGUAAUCCCAGUGCCGGAGGUUACCUUCACAACCAGGACUGACGACGACGAGUGUUUAAUAAUAGCCAGCGACGGGUUAUGGGAUGUAAUGUCAAAUGAAGAGGCCGGGCAGGUAGCUCGCCGCCUACUAAUACGGCGACGGCGGAGGGCAUUGAUGGGCGAAGUUGAUGAUGGAGUUUCACCGGCACAAGCGGUAGCUGAUAAUCUCACGGCAAUAGCCAUAGGAAGAAACAGUUGUGAUAAUAUUUCGGUCAUCGUUGUGGAUUUAAAACCCAAGAGGAAAUCGCCAUCCAAUGCGGUGAAAAAAAGAUAAAAUUAAAAAACUUGGUUCUGCAAACCAUAUUAAUCCACACAUUCAAGUGGUUCCAUAAAUUGAGCUGAUUUAAAAUAAAACAAAAAAAAAAUCAUCAAAACGGUACACAUCUA